AUGGCAAACGCUUUGCCCCAUUAUAAAGUACCUGGUCGCACUUACAUGACCGAGAAAAUUGUUCCUGAUAUAUACAACAGAAUUUGUGCUAAAAUAGAAGCCAGUAUUUCACAGGCAGCAGCAUUAUCAGUGACAUCUGAUAUAUGGACAUGCCAGCACAAUAAUGAGAGCUUUCUGAGCUUCACUGCGCACUGGAUAUCUCCAGAGUUCAUUCUAGAACAUAGCGUUUUAGCUAUGAAAUCAUUUCCCGGCUCACAUUCUGGUAUCAAUAUUGCAAAAGAACUCAAUACUAUUACAGAAAGAUGGAAUUUUCCUCAAUCCAAGAUCCAUUUACUUGUCCACGAUAGUGGCUCUAAUAUGAUAAAAGGUGUGCGAGAUGCAGGAUAUGAUUCAGGCAGGUGCUUUAUUCAUUCACUGCAACGAGCUAUAGAGGAGUCCCUAAAAUCUCAACCAGAGAUACUACAGAUGAUAGCGACUGCAAGACGAAUUGUUACCCAUUUUAAUCAUUCUGGCUUAGCAGAGCAGAAACUUAAAUCCAUUCAACAAGAACUUAACUUGCCAAACCACCAACUAGUACAAGAUGUGAGCACACGCUGGAAUUCUACGUAUUAUUUAAUGGAGCGGUUAUUAGAACAAAAGCGAGCUGUUUCCUUGUACAUAACAGAUCAUGAAACUUUAUUAAAUCUAAUGCAUGCACAAUGGGAACUAUUGGAACAAUGUAUCAAACUUCUCAAACCAUUCGAAGAGAUUACAAAAAUAACCAGCUCAGGUAUCUCUUGCAUCUCUGAGGUGAUUCCACAUGCAGUAACUUUAUUAAAAUAUCUGGGAAAAGCAGAGACAGCUGAGAAAGUACCAAAUUUAGUAACAAUGAGAUCUUCACUGCAAGCCGAGCUUGAAAGGCGAUUCAGCUUCGAUGACAAAAACAAAUAUCUUGUAGCUACUUUUCUGGAUCCUCGCUUCAAAACGAGUUUCCUGGGAUUGGUUCAAGCAGAAAGAGCAAGACAAACAAUUCUUCUAGAAGCUCUGAAAAAAAGUUGUGAUGAAUCUACUGAAUCUAGUAGUAGGGAGACCGAGGAGGGUUGUGACAGAGGAGAGUUGUGACACGCGCGAUUUCGCUGUAUCUGUGACCGUUAGCGAGCUGUCAACGUCGCACAUUUAUUGUUUUCUAGACUGCUUAUUGGAUUUAGUACGCGCCAACGGCCCACGAGGAGCGGCUGAGUUACUGUGACGCUGUCAUCUAAAAAACGACCAAAAAAUGCCUAAUACAUAUGUUCGUAAAACAGAGAGAGGAAUGGCUAGUAUCGAAAUUUACGAUCUGGCCUUUGAAGAGGUGACGGUUAGAGGCCAAAGCCUUCGAAGUGCAGCAUCUUCAUAU